AUGCAGUGGCAAGUCGACGACCGCCCACCAAAUGGUGUGUUGGAGUAUGUCUGUCGUCAGUCUCCCCUCGUCUGUGGCCGGGAGCUCUUGGAUUCAUUUUUGCCCAUCCUGCCGAAGGAGGCCGAAUGUCUGACGGAAUCGGAAGCAACAUCUCUCAUGGAGUCAGACUUACUGCGAUUGUUGGGAGACAGUGCUCUUCUGUCAGAAAUAAAACAGGAUUGCAGGCAAGAUAAUUUGCAGCCUGUAUUUACGCCAACUUUCAGAUAUGUAUUUUUCCACACUUCAUCUAACUUACACGGCCUCCUUAAGCCCUCCUUUGUUAGUCUUUAUCUUGAAAUGCAGAAACUAGCGCCUUUAGCCUGCAUCUCUACGCCUGAUUUCUCAUUUGGCGUCGCUCAAGUUUCAACCGAUUUACACCAUAGAACUGUCGCUGUUUGUAAUUAAUUCUGGAGCCUGUUACCUCGUCUUAAUAUGGAUUAUUCAUGCUGAAUUCAAUCUGAAUUGCGUUCACGUUGUUUGCCAUUUAUUCGUAAUUACUUGCGUCACCCUCCACAGUUCAUUCGACUCUGAAUAUUAGUGCGUAGCCCAACUAUCUGACUGGACAUAGUGGACGGUCAUAUUUAAAAUUAUCGCGCUGUGACUUUUGUCGUUGCCGAACUUGUUUUUCGCCUACAUUCUCCCUAGUCGCCCGACCUUAAACAUGGAGCAGUAAUAUGGAGACCCAACCUACAUGCCAUCAUCGACUUUAAGUGUUUCGACAUCAAGAACCGGGACGAAACUUGUAUUGUGAGGACGAAAAUCGGAUUUCCUGAAGGGUUUGCCUUAAAGAUCAGGCAACUUAACGACGAUAUGUUGGCGUGCGUUACGGACGAAUGGAUCUCAAAGACCUUCGCCAUGGUAAAUGGGGAGGAGGCAUGGUUCUUCAAUCACUCCAAACCGCCCCGUACCUAUAUUUACUUCAGUGCUGGUAAAGGCUCACUGUAAGAAGCAACCUAGAAUCUGCAACAAUUACUGAACCAACGGAAAGUUAUUCAGCCCUCCCAUGCAGGCCGUCACCAGCCAAGGUAAACUAUCUCUCUUCGAAGCGUUUGCGCCAAAUUCGACUAAAGCGGUCAUACAGAGGAGCCCGGACCUGCCCGUUUUCCGAUGUGCUAACCCUAGGUUAACCACAAACGCGGAGAAAACGAAUGUCGCAAAUUAACUGCCGUAGGCUUUUUCCUGUACUGAAAACUUAAUGUAAAUAUUAGCAUGCAGCUACAAAAACCUCAGUUAUAUUGUCCUGAGCCCGUCAUCGGAGUGUGAGAGUACAACAAAGAAUAGGCGGUUUUUGAGUCAGACAGUGAGAGAGGGAAUAAAGGAUGGGGUGAGAAAGGUUGUCUCAGCCGGAUCGGGCUCACACUGUCUAACUCACGGUGUGGCGACGCUGUGCAUCUCUAGCCGGGAACUGGGCCGCGCCCCUUGACCGCGGGAGCAUAGCUUUAUAGUAGCUGGUAUAGCAACGUCUGCUUAUGGAGCUGCUGUCAAACACUCUUCUCCAGCAGUUCACACCGCGUCUUAUUGCUGGCAUGCGCGGUUAUCCGCGUGCUCGCGAAUUCGAUUUCGUGACCUUCUUCCUGGUCAUGAGUAACGAUUUGAGACAACGGAUCGCCCCUCCAAACGGUCCGUUUGUCCUCGAAGUACCUACAAGACUAAUUCAACAACUAGCUGAAUAUUCGGGACCCAUCGUCAUUCCUUUGACUAGUUCGUAUGUUUAACCAUUGAAAAUGAGGAAGUUCGUUUGUAGAAUGUAAAGUUUCAUUAGAUACUCGAUCUCUAGAGGACCCCCUUUCGUCGUACUCCUUUUCGUGCCGUUCGCGUAGAACAUCGCGCGCCAGGUCCGGUGGGAUAGAUGUAAACCAUGAGACCACGUCGAGCGAUGCCAUAGUUUAGUCAAGUCGAACUGUUUUCCCCCGAAUGUCGGCGAGGAGUUGGAAGGAUGAGUCAACAUAAAAAGUUUAAUUUUCGGGUCACCCAUUUGUCUAGAUCGUAAAUGAAAGUGCUUUUCAGGACAAUGGUUGGCCGAAGAGGAGCGUUGGGCCUGUGGAUUCUGUACGAUACAUACAAUGCGAGAAUGACGAAGUUUAUGAGGACCUUGUCACUGUCCCAGGACUAGAAGUUAAACAGGGUUCGUAACGUUGAGUUCCACGGCCAACUGCCGACAAAAACGGCUAUAUACGCCACGCAUUCGAAUGUUAUUUCACGAACCACAUUUUUUGUCUUCUUAGUGCUGACAUUCUAAAAUGCUCUCAUAGAGAUUACGGUCCACCUUUAAUGUCUAUAUUUGUCAAAUUUGUUCCUCGAAGUUGCCCUUCGUAAAUGUUUUAUUUUGGACUCUCUCCAUUUAGCUUGGACAACCUGUAUAUUGAAGGCGAACACCGGACAUUGGAUGAGGUUCUCCAAGUCAUUCCCUCCCGUACCCAACGCUCUGGUAGACUUCUUACCCUGGAAGCCCUACCCGAAUGCCCUUUUGACAAGCUGUCAGGCACGCAUGCUCUUAGUGUACGGGCACGCCUUCGUCGACCCCAAGUUGACCAGUCCUAUCUAAAUUCACCCGAUGGUUGCUUUGAUUCUGGCAGACCGAUCCAAGAUGCCAUCUUCACAGUCUUCAUCUACCGGCCUCUGACAACUACCGUAGACUGCAGCAACAGUCCCUGGAAAUUAAUUGUCGAUCAGCGGAUUGAAAUUCUUGGCUCGCAAUCCCUGGGUGCACUUCGUGACGCAAUCCGCUGUCCACAAGACAUGAUCUGGUUGGGUGACUGCAGUGAAGCUCUAGAUAAGCCGGAAUUGCAUAUCCCUGCGGGCCUGAUGUACACUUCCGCCUACUUCUUCAUUGAGAACGUAUUCUAUGAUGAUCUCCGCAAUCCCAAGUCAACUGCUCUAAGUGCGUAAGUUGGGCAAACCUCUGUGUACAUACAUUCUUCGUAGGGAUGUCAUCGAUUGGCAUAAUAGCAAAGUGAACGUGUCGGACAAGGACCAUUUUACCGCUGCGGACACUGACACUUUGCUCGGUGACUUGAAGUUACACCUAGGUAAACCAUACCUUUAUCUUCAUCAGGGAAGUUGCGAGCACAUAGUUAUCUUCGCAGAUAUAAGGUAAGCAGUGGUCAGUGGUUCAAGUCACGUUUCUCUUUUUUGCUCCCAGUUUUCAUUUGAUGUUAGUGACGUCCCAUUCACCACUUUUAGAUUGACUGAUCGAACAUGUGCCCAGUCCGCUUCCAAAUAUCCCAUCUGUACAGGCCGUUCGUUCACAUUUGUGUAUAAAUGCAGUGUCUGCAAGCACCUUGCCACACAAUGGCUCGUUUAUGAUGCUGGAGAAAUCCUCUCAAGGGAUCCUGCCGCAAUGUGCGACGUGUGCCUGCGUCACCUGCUUUACACGGAAGAUGGAAAGAAGAUCCAUCCCAACUUUCGCGUACAGAAAUAUUUUGGUCACGAACUAGCUCGCUAG